AACUAAUCGAAAAGACAGUCAAAAGACACCUUUUGAGUGCGUGUCAGUGCGGUAGAGAAAACGUCUCGAUGGGUAAACUCGGUGGCAUCGGUACGUUGAAUCGGUUGCUCAGUCCUUGGCUUAGCCGGACGCAGACGACCAUACCGCAAGCUUCCGUGGCCACCGGUGAUCCAUCCCGUAGACAAUCGCAUCACCAAGCGCAUGAUCUCGUGGAGCGGCACGAUCAGCAACAUGACGUGGAAGAGGUGCGCAUUCCCAUUCCCUACGGUGAAAUAGCGGGUAAAUGGUGGGGCCCGAAAAACGUACGACCCGUUGUGGCACUUCACGGUUGGCAGGAUAAUGCGGGCACGUUCGAUCGGCUAAUACCGUUGCUACCGAAGCAUAUGAGCUUUCUGGCGCUGGAUCUGGCCGGGCAUGGAUUGUCCUCGCGGUUGCCCGACGGCAUGAUGUACCACUCGCUCGAUAACACGCUGGUGCUGUGUCAUUUGAUGAAGGAGUACCGAUGGAAGAAGCUUUCCUUGUUGGGACAUUCGAUGGGAUCCAUCCUUAGCUUCAUAUUCGCUGCCACCUUUCCGGAUAAGGUAGAUUUCUAUAUCGGAAUCGAUGCCCUCAAGCCGCACAUUCACGAUGCGACCAAGUUUCCCGCUCGGCUGGAAAAGCGUCUGCCGAAAAUGUUGCAGGCGGACACACGUAACCGUGAAAAAUCCGAACCACCUUCCUACCCGUACGAGGAGUUAAUAGAGCGUCUGCAUCUCGGGACUAACAAAUCGGUCAGCAGAGAAGCGGCCCCGUUUUUGCUCUACAGAAACACCCGCAAAUCGACACUCCAUCCGGAUCGGUACUUCUUCACUCGGGACAGUCGCUUGAAGCACAGUUUGGGCGUCGGUUGGGACCAGGAAACUAAUCUGGAGUUCGCCAAACGCGUCACCAUGCCGUACCUCUUCAUCAAGGCAAUACAUUCGCCGUACUAUGAGGACAGGAAAUAUUUCGAUGAGUUUGUCGAGGUGGUAAAGAAGAAUAAUCCACUGUUCGAGUUGGAGUUCAUCGACAGUACGCAUCAUUUACAUCUCACCGAACCGGAAAAGGUGGCACCGGUCGUUAACCGGUUCUUGGAAAAAUACUGGAAAAAAGAUGAAAACUAAAUACAAUGUUAGCGAAGCAUUAAAUGCAUAUUUAUUGUUCUAUCUACUAAUGAGGUGAAUAAAGAAACCCUACUACGAUUA